AAUAAAAUGGCUUUAUUUUAGUUUGUACAUUUAAACUUUUUGUCAGUUCAAAACACACUUUAAGGAAUGGCUAAUCUUUAAAUAUAUACGUAAAUGUGUACCAACGUGUGUUCCAAUUUAAAUGUACCUUGUGUUAUGAUUUUAUCACAAGUACAAUAUCACAUGUCUUAACUGUGAUGUUAUAAAUACACACAUGUACCUAUUUAGACACAUUAAAGACUGAAGUUGUGUACCUAUCGUACAUCUAUUGACGGUACUUGUUUUAUCAUUUUAAUUUCUCAUAUUAAUAAUUAAAAGAAUGUUAGUCAAAAGCCUCGCUGUGCUUUGUGUAAUAACAAUGUCUCUUGGUGCCUCCGUUAAAUCAGACAUAAGUGAGAUUGAAGCAUUGAUAACAAAGAAGGUAACCGACAUUCUCAAAGAAGAAAGGAGUAAGGAAAGUGAAAGAACUGAGACAAUAUUGAAGGAAAUUAAGGCGCUAAAAGAACUAAAUACUCGGAUGGAGGAAAGGAUUGAAUUUCUAGAGCAGGAAAAUGCCGACAUGGAUCUGAUUAUCUGCUUUUUGAAUAACCAAACGAAUGGUUUACUUGAGAAAUUAACUGACGACAAUAAAGCUCGUAACGAUUCUCUAAUUAAUCCUAUUGAAUUUCUAUACCAGAAAUGCAAGGACAUCAAGAAUGAAGAUUUUGUGAACUACCACAAUACAAUGAGGAGAAAAAGACAAAUUGUACCGACUCAAGCAGCUACAAUACCAAAUAUAGCGUUUUCAGCCUAUCUUUCGAGCACAAAUUCGCAUAUGUCUCCAGGACAAGCUAUCAAGUACGACAGAGUUCAUCUGAAUGACGGUGCCGGCUACAAUUCAUACACUGGCGCAUUUACUGCACCUAUAUCCGGAACUUACCUAUUCAUGUUUCAAUUCGACUCUCGUGUUCAUACGUUUGUCCGUCUGAACGUUGAUGGUAGGAAUGUCGUGGAUGCCGUCACAAACCCUCAUGUUAAUACACAGGAUAGAGAGAACAUGAGUGGUAAUUCUGCGAUAAUACAUGUUGGAGUUGGCCAAUCAGUCCUUGUCGAAGUUUAUGACGUCAGUGGGGAGGUGGCGUCUAGUGAUAAAUACCGUCUUAGUACAUUCUGUGGGACGUUGUUAUACCCUGAAAUUCAUCACUAGAAAAAACUUUACAAUUUGCAAAAAAAUAUUGAAUUUUUAAGGUUUUAAAAAAUAAUGUACUUUUGUUGUUGUUUUUAUUUCUUUCAAUAAAAGUGUUUAUUUGAUGAACUACAUAUCAGAGUAUUAUUACUUACUUCUGAUUUAUUGUCUGUUUGAUAUCAUUUCUGUAGUUAUAAUGGCAAUACGCUUGUUUCUCUCAGUAAUAGAUAUUUUAAUGUCUUCACAAUAAAAUUUCAUACGGAUACUUUUUUUCACUGGAAUUAUUUACUUAUUGUACAUCAUUUGAAUAAACUAUUUUAAUUGUAUGCUUUAACGUUCAGUUGUUGUGUGAUAUUUUCAAAUUUACAAAUCUUAAACACUAAAGGCAAUAUCAAACAUGUUCUUGGACUUUUGAUGAAUC